AUUAGAUCUAUUUGGGUAUCAACUGAAGCCCAUCGUCGAUAAUUGUCCUUCGAAGAUUCUGCCACUGCACCAUGGAGCCAGGAAAGACCGGGUUUCGCACGGUCGCAGAACCGCAUCCAACACAUCUAGUCGAGGGAGGGAAUCUAAAUAAGAAGGUGACUGUGGAUGACCUUCGUCGCGCAGUGCCCGACUACUGCUUCACGCCGUCCCUGUUCUGGUCUUGCUUCUACCUGUUGCGAGACCUGGCAUACGCAGGAAUCCUACUGACCGCACUGUACCAGCUGCUACAAACCAGCGCAGUGCAAAAUUCGUCACUGCUCUACUACCUCACGGUCAGUGUGUAUGGAGUAUGUCAAGGCAUUGUUUGGACGGGACUCUGGGUGAUUGCACACGACUGUGGCCACAGCGGCUUCUCACGCUGGAGUGUGGUGAAUGACAGCGUCGGAUUCGUCCUGCACUCCUUUCUCCUCGCCCCCUACUUCUCCUGGAAAUCAACUCAUCGGCGACACCAUAUCUAUGCUAAUCAUAUUGAAAAGGACCUAAACUAUGUGCCGCCUCUGCGCCAGUCCUACGCCGACAAGAUCGGCCAGGCGGUCGAGGUGCUCGAGAAUAUAGGACAGGAUGCGCCCUUCGUCCUUUUCCUUCGCAUUUUGCUGCAGCAGACCAUCGGCUGGAACUGGUAUAUCCUAACCAACAUCACCUGCCCUCCUACAGCUGUUCCCAAGAAAGGUAUGUCGAUGUGGCGUCACAGCCAUUUCGAUCCCCAAGGGGCAUUGUUCUAUCCCUCCGAGUGGCUGUCCAUUGUGCUGUCGGAUUUGGGCUGCUUCACUGUGAUCGCCGGCCUUUAUCAGCUUUAUCAGCAGUUUGGUUCAUUCGAGACGCUGUUUUGGGUUUAUAUUGUGCCGUGGACAUGGGUGAACCACUGGGUCGUGAUGAUCACGUAUCUGCAUCAUACCCACCCAUCGGUGCCCAAAUACACCCCUGAAUCGUGGAGCUUCCUGCGUGGCGCAACCGCGACCAUGGACCGCGACUUUGGCAUCAUUGGGACGCAUUUCUUCCAUCAUAUCUCAACCGACCACGUCACUCAUCACUUAUUCUCACGCAUCCCGCACUAUUAUAGCCCUGUAGCUAGCAAGGCAAUUAUCCCGCUACUGGGGCAGCACUACCACGGACGGGGUGCAUUCAAUUACCAGGAGCUGCAGACGGCCUUCAGUCGGUGCCAGUGGGUGGAAGAGGACCCUGGAAAGGACGUAGCCUUUGGUUUACGGGCAGUGGAGACGUUAAACAACAAGGACGCGAAGAACACAGGGUUGUGGUAUCGUGGGGGACGCAGCCCCUUGCCAGAGUUUAAGAUGCGCGAAGCCAAAUCAUUCUAAGGACCAAGGCGCAGAAUCCAUGGUAGUGAACUUUGGG